UGUUUUAUCAAUGGUUUUAUCACUUUGUGUUUGAAAGUAUUUCUAUAAGUUUGUUUUUAUUAGUAUUUCUUUGUUGUGUAGCAUAUUGGUUUUUAUUUUGUUUCAAAGUUCCAAAAUUUCAGGGCCAACCUUGUAAAUAUAUUGUUUAUUUUUUAUGAUAUCAAACGGCUAUUCUGUUACUCAAAUUUGAGUUAGUUUUGGUAACCAAAUCGAAAUAGAACAAUCAAUGUAACAAAUCACUUGACAACAAUUUCGUUUUGCUCCCUUGGAAUGUAGGGAAUCUUGAAUUCCGGAAAGCAUAUCUGAUGAUUCUAAAUCACCUGCAGCUCUUUGAGAAACUUGGCCAAACUUGUGAUUCUUUUAUCAUUGCAAUCAGCUCUUUGCAACUCGUCCCAAACUUUUGACACGUCGAGUGUUGUAGCAUGUUUUCCAUAGCCCAUUUCAAUGUUUCUAUUUCUGUGUGCAACGAAUCUUCUCGCCUUCUUAGAUUUUGCGUCUCCAUUAGUUGGAUCUUCCCCAUACUACCCUUUCAAACUCAUCCACACUAGUGUAUUGCUCUGUAGAGGUCAAUGAACCAUCCAUCAUACAAAUAUUACACAAACUUAAGACUUGUGGUUCAUCAAUAGAUUGUACUUGUGGAGUUUAAGAUAUUGUCUCAUUUGCAUUGAACCAAUUUUGGCACUCAUUCUCUGCAUAUAUAUCUGACAAGUUCGAGAGGGUCUUUGUCUAUAUAUCUAAAUAUACUUUCUGCAUAUCUGUAUAUAUAUAUUGUUUAUAUAAAAACUUUUUUUGUCAACGUAGACAUUUAAAGCAUCGUGUAAGUAGCCAUUGUAGAAUGACAAUGACGCCAAGAAAUUUGGAACUCAAAAUCUGUGACUCAUUAAUUAGUACCAAUGAUAGGUAAAAAAAAUUUGCCUGUCUCUUUUUUCUUUGUCAGCUUUUGUUUUCACCUAUCUCUACAUAACGUUAAAGUCUCAUCCUAUUUUUCAUCUGGUACAUCAAAUUCUCUUAACCACGAGACAUUCGUUUUCCAUUUUCCCAAAAUAAAAAAUACCCACUCAAAAGUCAAAACAAAACAAAACAAAAUUUGCAACAUUUAAUUUGAACUUUAUUCAAAAUGACUUCGCAUGUUGAAGAAAUUGAAGAAGAGGAAAUAUCAAAAAUUGAGAAAGGCAAAGGCAAAGAUUGCCAUCGAGGAAUCGAAACAGUCAUUUGUACUUCUCCUACCACUGUUUGCCUCACUCAGAAGGUAAAUACACAUAAACCAACAAAAUUUUAUUCUGUUUCAUUUUCAUAGUUAUGAUUAUAAUUAAUAUAUUUAACAAAUUAUUUUAUGUUCUUUCAAUACUGUUUACAGUUGAUAGCAGAGAUGAUUGGGACGUAUUUCUUAAUAUUCGCUGGAUGUGGGGUGGUGGUAGUGAAUGUGUUGUACGGUGGAACAGUGACAUUUCCAGGGAUAUGUGUUACUUGGGGUCUCAUUGUUAUGGUCAUGAUUUACUCUACAGGUCACAUUUCCGGUGCCCAUUUUAAUCCUGCCGUGACCCUCACUUUUGCCGUGUUCCGGCGGUUCCCCUGGUAUCAGGUACCAUUGUAUAUAGGUGCACAACUUACGGGAUCGUUACUAGGGAGUUUGACACUGAAACUAAUGUUCCAUGUGACACCAGCAGCUUACUUUGGAACAAUUCCGUCUGAUUCAGCGGCACAAGCGCUCGCUGCUGAGAUCAUUAUCUCAUUCCUCCUUAUGUUUGUUAUCUCCGGCGUUGCCACUGAUAAUCGAGCGGUCGGAGAAUUAGCUGGAAUUGCGGUGGGGAUGACUAUAAUGUUGAACGUCUUCGUGGCUGGACCGGUUUCGGGAGCAUCGAUGAAUCCAGCAAGAAGUCUAGGACCAGCGAUAGUGAUGGGAGUGUAUGAUGGACUUUGGAUUUACAUUGUUGGUCCUCUUGUCGGAAUUAUGGCCGGAGGUUUUGUUUAUAACCUUAUAAGAUUUACGGAUAAGCCACUUAAAGAGCUUACUAGGAACGGUUCUUUUCUCCGUUCUGCUUCUCCAAAACACAAAACUUCUACUUCUAAAAGCUAAUAUUUUGUACUCUCUUGGUCAUAUAUUAUUUUGUCAAACUUUUCUUCUUGGAUACUUGUAUAUCUUAUAUAUUAAAACAGAAUUCACAAUC